AUGGCGAAGAACACAGCACUCCACGACCUCGAGCCCUUCAACUUGAUCUUGUACCAGCCUAACGAGCCAGAGCCCGACGACGAUUACGCACGAGACGGGCCUAUUGUAGCUCGCCGCACUCACUGGAUCGACAGCCCGGAGAGGCCAAGGCCCCCACCUCCAAAGCGGACUCAUGACCAGCUCAACCCGACAUCACCAGCAAGGCGGCCGCAGAGGUUGAGACGUGACGGUGCAGAGCGACGACCAGCUUCGGCACCAGCCACGCAGGCGGGCAGACUCGCCAUACCAGACGCGCCGCUUCGACAGACACAGACAUAUGAUCAAGAGGCAGCAGAAGGAGCUGUAACAUCAGAAGACGAGACGAUGGAUGAUGAUAUCGCGCCAAUUCAUGAAGGCAGCACAAGGGGCCAACGUACUCAAGAGCAGGACACGAUGGUACAGAACAUGAGCGAGCGAGCGUGCGCAGCAGCUGUUCGGAGACGCCUACCCGGACAGUGA